UUUUUUUGUCGAACUCGCAUCACGUCCUUUUGGAACCUACGACUUACGAGCCUUCUUCGCAAGCAGAAGCUAGAAACCGCAACGCAAAUAUCUCAGGAAAUAUCUAAACGCCGAUCGGCGCUUCCAUCACCUUCAAGAAGCAUAAAUGGCUGGGAGAAACCGAUAUCCUCGUGAGAAUCAUCGUGGGUAUCCCCCAGAAGGGCCUCCUUCUCGUAUUCCUAUGUCUCGACCCAUGCCACCUCAUCCCAUUAUGUUGGAAGAAGAACUUGAAAUACAACACCAUGAAAUCCGUAGACUUUUGGGUGAAAAUCGAAGGUUAGUUGAUGAUCGCAUUGCUCUGCAACAAGAGUUAGGUGCUGCAAGAGAAGAACUUAGGCGAAUGAACAUUGCGAUUUCUGACAUUCAAGCAGAAAAUGAAAUGCAUUCAAGACAGCUAAUUGAGAGGGGCCUGAAGCUUGAAGCUGAUCUUCGUGCCACUGAACCUCUGAAAAAAGAAGCUGCACAAUUCCAUGGUGAAGUAGAGAGACUUAAUUCUAUUAGGCAUGAUCUAUCUGGGCAAGUUCAGACUCUCACAAAAGACCUUGCAAAACUGCAAGCUGAAAACAAGCAACUUCCAGCUUUAAGAGCAGAGGUUGAGGGACUACACAAGGAGCUUAUGCAUGUUAGAGUUGCUAUUGAUUAUGAGAAGAAGGCAAGUGCUGAGUUGAUGAAUCAAAAACAAUCAAUGGAAAAGAAUUUGGUUUCCAUGGCUCGUGAGGUUGAAAAGAUUCGGGCAGAACUUACAAAUUCUGAUUCUAGAUCAUGGGGUGCUGGUGGAUCAUACAGGAUGAAUUAUGGCAAUCCUGAUGGCAAUUAUUCGCGUGCUUAUGGUGAUGGAUACGUGCGUCCAAUGGGUGCUGGUGACAAUGUUCCAUUGUAUGGUUCAAGCUCUACACCAUGGGCAGAGUUAUCAUGGCUAUCUGUUAUGGAGAGGGUAGAAGUGUAUGGUUCUUCUCAGUUUGUGUUUACAUCGGUAGACAAUGUUGCAAUGGUUUGGGAGAAGCAGAUCUAUAAACUAAUAAAAAUGGAGCAACCAUAGGCCCCUUCAGCAGUCCGAGUCUUCAUGCAUUAUUUCUUGAAGGGAUGAAGAAGAUGCCUAAAUGAAAUGGGUGUUGCAGGUUGGGAUUUAAACCCACAGUUCUGUUGAGUUCCUCUUCGUCACAUACAAAAUAAUUAUUUAUUGAAUAGGAUUGCCACAUCCACGCCAUCAUGUGGAGACACAACAUACCAAAUAACACCUGUUAUAAGUAUACAUUUUGAAAAACUUUGGUUGUUGGCUACCAUUUCAAACAUUGAAAUUAACAAAAAAAUGAUUCACUUCCUUCCUAAAUCAUGACAAACCCUUAAAUGUAUUUUAACGCUUACAAUUUUAUUAAAGAUGUUAUUUAUGAAAUCACUGAUUUGAUAAGUUGGUCUGUUUUGUCUUGUCUAACGACUUUAAGUUGGGGGUGUUUGAUAGUUACUCAUCAUUUGUAUUUGAAUGACUAUGCUUAUGAAUUAAACCAUAUGAUGAAAAUGUCCAUUUUAUUAUUCUGCUUAAAAUAUAAUUAUAAUAUAUACCAAAAAACCAUCAAAACAAGCUACUAUCCUUUAUCUAUUUUGCAC